AUGUGUCUGCUGUCCGUGUUCAUCUGUGGCGGCAACUUACUGACGAUAACAGCCGUGUGCAGCACGCGCUCGCUCCAGACGACGCCCAGCAUGUACGUCGUGUCUCUGGCCGUCGCCGACCUCAUCGUCGGCUUUAACGUCUUCUUCGAAUCCUUCUGGUACAACGCGCUCACGGAACACGAGAUUUUGGAUUGCAAAUUCUGCUGUUUGUUGAAUCUGUGCAUGUUUUACACUAGUUUCUUCGCUUCGAUGGCCGGCGUCGUUUUGAUAGGCGUGGAUCGCUUCUUCUACAUCUGCUACCCUUUUAAGUAUGAAUACCUGGUGACUCAUAGGAAAAUUAUAAUCACCAUCAUCAUCACAUGGAUUGUUUCUGUUUUCUUUGGAACUAUCCCGUUCUACCGCAACAAUUUCGAUGCUAUUCAGGAUUGCCUGCAUAUUGACGUGUUGCCAGUGUGGUAUCAGAUGUAUCUCGUAAAGGUCAUGUUCGCUUUGGUGUUGGUGUUCUCUGUCAUGUUAUACACAGGUAUCGUGAAGACUGCCAGACGCCAGCUAGGAUCUAUCCAAGCCACGACUGUCGACUCAGCACACAACAGCGCCAAGGGGAAGAACUGGAAGGUUGUCCGCCUCAUGCUGCUCGUGUGUGGAGGAUUCUUUGUGUGUUGGUGUCCUUACCACGUCAGCGUGGUGAUCAACCACGUGAGCUUCGUCUCAGAGGACGCCAUGGAUGUGCUGUUCCCGCUAGGAAUUCUAAACUCGGGUGUCAACUUUGUCAUAUACGCGCUCAUGAACAGAGACUUCAGGCAAGCGUUCCGGAGACGUGUCUGCUGUGGUAGAUGCUUAUUUUGGGAGCACGACCACGACUCGUCUGGUGGGGCGGCGGAUUAA